AGCUCUUUCACCCCGGCGCCGGGCCAACCACGUCGUUUUUUCGGCGAAAGCGGCAAGCGGCGCCUUGUGCCAUGCUGCGACUGGUGGGUGUGGUGGCCGUCGCGGCUGCGGCCAAGGAGGGCCUGUGCGACAAGAAGAACGGCUCCGUGCCCUGCGCACAGCUGCCGCACGGCGUGGCCAUGCCAAUGGUGGCACUGGGCUCCUGGAGGGGUAGCUACAAGGACUGCGCGGGGGACAACUACACCUGUGCGCAAGAGCACGCGAGAUCAGCACUUCAGAGCUGGUUGCAGGAAGUGGGCGGCAGGCACCUGGACACCGCCAAUGACUACCGCACCCAGAUUCAGGUGGGCGAGGCCCUCAAGGCCAGCAAGGUGCCAAGGGAGGAGGUCUUCAUCACCACCAAGUGCCCGGGGCCCAUGGGCUUCAAUGCCACUCUCCAGUGCGUGGAGGACAACUUGCAGAUGCUGGGCCUCUAUGGUGACAAGGCUCCCUACAUCGACCUGCUGCUGAUCCACUUCCCCUUUGUCAUCAAGCCCGAGUGCGUGGGCGCUGAGGGUCCCACCUGCAACCCGCCCUACGUGGACCCAGGCCGGGAGGCGCGGCGGGAGAGCUGGGCGGCCAUGGAGUUGGCCUUGCGGCUGAAGAAGGUGAGGGCCAUCGGGGUCUCCAACUAUGAGGUGGGCCACCUGCAGGAGAUCGCGGAUCUGGCGGAGCGGCCGGCGGUGAACCAGGUGGAGUGGCACCCCUUCCACCAUGAUGACCAGCUGAAGGCGUACUGCGAUGCCAAUGGCAUCAAGGUGGAGGCCUGGUCCCCUUUGUCGGGUCAGAACGCCUCGGCGCUGGCGAGCCCCACGGUGCAGCAGGUGGCCAAGAGCCACAACGUCUCCGGCGCACAGGUGGUGCUGCGCUGGGCGCUGCAGCAAGAUGUGAGCGUCGUGGUGGGCACCGACAACAAGGAUCACAUGAAGUCGGACCUUCAGGUCUUCAACUUCUCGCUCUCCGACUCAGAGAUGGCUCAGAUCUCGGGGCUCAAAGGCCUCAAAACGACGCUGCACGUGUAGCGCCCGCUUUGGAGCGAGAAGGGAGGCGUCAACGGCUGCGGAGCGAGAAAGACAGGGCAC